AUGACGCAACAGUGGGAGCCAGGUACCUACUACGGCCCCGGUUCCGUCGUCGUCUACCAAGGAGCGAGGUACAAGAUUAUCCAGCCGCACACUUCUGAGUCCGGCUGGGAGCCCCCCGCGACUCCCGCACUCUGGGGCCGCGAGCCUGACGGUGCCGGAUAUCAGGACCAGCCGCCUCCGGCGCAGAGCCAGGGCCAGGUCGGGGGCGGAGGAUACAACCCCAGCUACGUCCAACCUGGCCCCCAGCAGCCUCAGCAGCCCCAGGGUAACUAUCCGCCUGAGAAGCAGUGGGAUCAGCACCAGGAGCAGAAAGUCGACAUCCCCCACGAGGAACGCAAGAAGAGCUGGCAAGACCUCUCUCCGGAGCGCAAGAAGCAGCUUGAGCUCGGAGGCGGCCUCGUCGCCGGCCUUGCCGCGAUUGGUGCUGGGUACUACGCUUACCACGAACACCAGAAGGGCGACGAGGAGAAAAAAGCGAACGUGUGGGCACUGCAGAACUGGCUCCAAGAGGCGAAUGCACGCACGUUGGAUUUCAGGCAACGGGGCCCGCGCGGUCCUGCCACUUGGGUCUUGACCGAGGGCGUUAACAUCCCACCGAACGCCAUUCCCGGAGGCGAGCAGAACGGGCAGACGCUAUUCAUCUGUCGUGGCUUCCAAGAGGGCGGACUUCAAAUUGGCAAGGUGUCCGCCAACCCCGAACAAGGUGCAGUGAUCGGCUAUGCGCACAAGGAAAUUCGCCUCCCAAAAUACGAGAUCCUUGUGGGUGAGCAGCGCGCGCUACGCUGGGUCGACUUCCGUGGGCGUUUGCACCCUGAACAGCUCAACGCCCGACCCGUCGAGGGUGGACGCGAGGCGAACGGCACACCACUCUUCAUCGCGAAGGCGCACUACCACAACGCAGUCGUGCCCGGAAAAGCGAGCGAGAAGCUCAAGGGUGCUUUUAUCCCGUUCGCGAAUUCCGAGGUGACGGUCGAGGAGUACCGUGUCUUGUGCUAUGCCUAG